UCCGCCUCCGGCCUCGCGAGCGCGCCGCGUCGCCAUGAAGCUGCUCACCCACAACCUGCUGAGCUCGCAUGUGCGGGGGGUGGGGCCCCGGGGCUUCCCGCUGCGCCUCCAGGCCACCGAGGUCCGCAUCAACCCUGUGGAGUUCAACCCCGACUUCGUGGCGCGUAUGAUUCCCAAGGUGGAGUGGGCGGCGCUUCUGGAGGCGGCCGAUACCUUGCAUCUGGUCGAGGUGCCCAAAGGGCCGGUUCAGGGAUAUGAGAAUGAUGAGAAAUUCCUGAGGCAGAUGCACCACGUGCUGCUGGAGGUGGAUGUCUUGGAGGGCACUUUGCAGUGCCCAGAGUCUGGACGCCUGUUCCCCAUUAGCCGCGGGAUCCCCAACAUGCUGCUGAGUGAUGAGGACACCGAGGCGUAGCUGCCAGGCACCCGUUUUUCGUUUCUGUGACCUAGUGUAUGUUGUUUUUGUAUAUCGUGUUUACUCGUAUCUCCAGUCCUUGACCCAGUGAUACCAGACACGCUCUUUUCUUGAGCUUGGUAUUAUAUUUUUUUCUCAUUAAAGGUUCAAAACCAAAAGCGGUUUCUCUUUGCAGCAAAUAUACAUUAAAAUAGAGUCUCUGUACAGCCAAGGGCUCUGGGCCCUGACUUGCCCCAUGUCCCUGCGCCUCCCUGGCCAAACCCAAAAAUAAAUAUAGUGUUAUUGCUCUGCAGGGCAUGGAGGCAGUGCUCUCCCUACCCCCUGAGGAGGCUGGGUGGGAGUUGAUGGGGGGGGCCCUGGCCUCCCCAGGGGUCCAGGGGCUGGAGCCUGCU